AUGUUCAAGGCCUCGUCACCGCUCUUCUCGGGUCUUCUCUGGAAGAUCCCAUGGCGUAUUUCACAACCCCAGAAAGCACGGCAACGGAAACGUCUACGCGCCGUUGACCGGGUAGUCGAUACCCUCAGCGCCGCCUUGCGACGAAACGGCCAGAGCACAAAAGCCGUCGAUCGGUGGUAUGCGGAAAUGCCUCGGGAGGAAGAGAUGUUGCCCAAGGACAAGUACACGCUGUUCGAUAAAAAGGAGAAGACCUAUAGGAAGGGUAUUCACAAACUGCCCAAGUGGACAAGAGUCAGCCAGCGCUUGAACCCUCCUGGUUUCUAAGUUCUUUUCUUCGACGCGCAAUACUCUUCAGAACCGUCCAUACGAUCCGCUGAAAAUGUUUGUACAAUACACCACCGCCCUUAUCGCCUAGAUCCUCUGAUGAAGAUGAGGUCGAGCUAGAAAGGAUACAGGGAAGCAAAUCGGAGUUCUCGGCUAUUGGGAGAUUACACAAUGACUGCGAUGGGUUUUCAAUUCGGCUUACAAUGCAUUCAUACAAAUUUGAGAGCACAUUUCACUUACAGAGAUCUCGUUUCUUUUAAGAUGAUAUCUUGAUCAUAUGCGUAUAACAAUAAAUGAUAAACUGGG